AAAAAGGGAGCUGUUGUGACCAUGCUGGGGAAAAAGGAACUUUUCCAAAAAAAAAGUUUAUACCCUUGCCACUUUUUAUUCUAGCACAGGAGGGCUUGGAACAGUGCACUGACUGCUUUUGAACCUAGACACUUCCAUAGUUGCAAAAAGGUGUCUGUUUCUGCAGCCAUGUUUGUGGUCACCCUUCUUCUGUACACUGUGCUUCUGGCUCUGACAGGGUUGUAUUUCUAUGUCAAAAUGAAGAGGCCUGAAGGAUACCCACCUGGACCAGCACAGUGGCCUCUUUUGGGCAACAUUGUCUCCCAGGCAUUCUGCAGAAACUUCACUGAAUGCUACUGUUAUUGGGCUAAAAAGUAUGGCAAGGUUUUCAGUUUCAAAUUUGGUCAGUAUGAUGUUGUCAUUGUGUGUGACUACAAAAUAGCAAAGGACAUCAACACCUGGGAGACACUGACCAGCAGACCUCAGUAUUUGUUUUACCACUUCUUUAUGAAGUAUCAGAACUUGGGAAUAAUCUUUUCCAAUGGCGAACUUUGGAAGCAAAACAGGAGGUUUACACUGAAGACUUUGCGAGACUAUGGUUUUGGCAAGAAGAAAAUGGAAGGAACUAUUUAUGAGGAAUUCAACAUAUUACUGGAGGACAUAUUCAAAGAAGGAAUACCCAUGGGUGAUGGAAAAGUAGUUGAAUUCAAAGAUGCAAUGACACUUGCCACAGAAAAUAUCAUGAACUCAUUCACCACUGGAAAGCGUUAUGAAAAAGAUGAUGAAGAGUUUCACAAAUUGACAAACAUCCUCAAGACCAGGAUUGUUGAUCUUUCAUUCAUCAAGCUCAUGUCCAUCUUCCCAACAAUCUAUCACAGAAUUCCUGAUUUUUGGCUGAAAGAGCGGUACAAUGAGAGGGAUUACUUUUACAGCCAAAUGAAGAAAGUCAUUCAGGAACAUAGGAAAACCUUGGAUCCAGCAGAGCCCAGGGACUUCAUUGACUGCUCUUUGAUUGAACAAGACAGACUCUUGAACAGCAAUGACUCCAAAGAACAAGUUUUCACAGAUGACAACAUUGCUUGGACUUUGGCUGAUCUGUUCCUGGCUGGGUCAGAUACAACUUCCAACACCCUUAGGUGGUUCUUCCUGUACAUUAUUCAUCACCCACAGUAUCAAGCAAGGAUUCAACAAGAAAUUGACACUGUACUUGGUAGAGAAAGAAAACCAACUUGGGAUGAUCAUUUGCAGAUGCCUUUCACUGAAGCAUGUGUUUUAGAAAUUUUGAGGAAGGUGUCUGUGGUGCCCUUUGGGGUUGACAGGAGAGCAGAAGAGGAUGUGGUCAUUGGUGGCUACAAAAUUCCAAAGGUAUGA